AGUGCCUGAUUGCUCCCCAUUGCCGUGAAAGCAGUACUUUCAUACGGCCUUGUCACUGCAUUAGUACUCCGCCUGCUGUGAAUGUAUUCGGGCCUGUUCUUCUAGUGGUAUUAGGCAGCGGAGAUUUCCGGUAGUCAAGAUGUUGGAAGAGGCAGGAGAGGUGUUUGAUAACAUGCUUAAGGCAUCGUUUCCCCUCACGUUCAUCGUUUUCAUUCCAGCAGUGCUGCUUCUUGUGUCCCCGCUACAGGCCGAGGCGGCCCAUGAGUUCACAGUGUACCGUAUGCAGCAAUAUGACCUGCAGGGACAGAGCUACGGAACCCGAAGUGCAGUGCUCAACACAGAGGCACGCACAGCCGAGGCAGAUGUGCUGAGUCGACGAUGUGUGCUUAUGCGCCUGGCAGAUUUCUCCUUUGAGCAGUACCAAAAAGCCUUACGGCAGUCAGCGGGAGCUGUGGUCAUUAUCUUGCCCCAAGAUAUGGCAGCUCUUCCACAAGAGAUUGUUCAGCAAUUCAUGGAUAUUGAACCAGAGAUGCUGUCUAUGGAGACACAGGUACCUGUCUACUUUGCUGUUGAAGAUGCAGAGCUCAUCUCUAUAUAUGAGCAGACACUCGCUGCCUCUGCCAAUCAGGGAACUUCAUCUGCAGCCGAAGUGCUCCUUCACACAGCCACAGCCAAUGGUUUCCAGAUGGUAACUAGUGGAGCUCAAAGUAAGGCAGUCAGUGAUUGGCUGGUAAGCAGCGUCGAGGGGCGUCUGACUGGACUUGGUGCAGAAGACCUCCCUACCAUCGCCAUUGUUGCCCAUUAUGAUUCUUUUAGUGUUGCUCCUUGGCUGUCAUAUGGGGCAGAUUCUAAUGGCAGUGGAUUGGCUAUUCUUUUGGAGCUGGCACGGCUCUUCUCUCGUCUUUAUACUUACAAGCGCACACAUGCUGGAUACAAUCUGCUGUUCUUUGCAUCAGGAGGAGGAAAGUUCAAUUAUCAAGGAACCAAGAGGUGGCUUGAGGAUCAUCUUGACCACACAGAUUCCAGCCUUCUGCAAGACAAUGUGGCCUUCGUGUUGUGCUUAGAUACCUUAGGGGCUGGGGACAAUCUGCACCUUCAUGUUUCAAAACCGCCAAGAGAGGGAACCUUGCAGCAUGCUUUCCUAAAGGAACUGGAUAUGGUGAUUGCCAGCCAGUUUCCAGAAGUGAAGUUCUCCAUGGUUCACAAGAAAAUCAAUCUAGCAGAUGAUAUGCUGGCAUGGGAACAUGAACGUUUUGCCAUACGCCGUUUGCCAGCCUUCACUUUCUCUCAUGUGGAUAGCCACCGAAACGGUCACCGCAAUAGCAUGCUAGAUCUAAGGUGGAAAGUAGACACCCAAGUUCUGACUAGAAACACUCGUAUUAUCGCAGAGGCACUAACUCGUGUCAUUUAUAAUCUGACCGAGAAGGGUGCCCCAUCUGACAUGGAGAUCUUCACUCAGCAGAUGCAAGUCCAGAGGGAACAUCUGGAUGCAGUAAUGCAAUGGCUGACUAGCCAACCCCGUGCUGCCCAGCUUGUGGAUAAGGACAGUAGUUUGCUCAGCACCUUGGAAUACUACAUGAGCCGUUACCUGAAAGAUGUAAAACUUUAUCAUGUAAAAGCAGAUAAACGAGAUCCAGAGUUUGUGUUUUAUGAUCAGUUAAAGCAGACAAUGAAUGCAUAUCGAGUUAAGCCAGCCAUAUUUGACCUCCUCUUAGCUGUGUGCAUUGCUGCAUACCUGGCUCUGUCCUAUGUAGCUGUUCAGCUUGCACAAAAAAGUGUCACACAAGUGGUAGCUGUAAAGCAGAACUUUGGCAUCCUUUAUAAGUUUGUGCAAAGACUCUCCUGGAAGCCUAAACAACACUAAGCUCAACCUAUAUUUCUAAGUAAGCUGCCCAGAUGCUGGGGAUCUGGCACUCCUUAUACUGCAGGGGAAGGUGUUCCGGUUAUUGCCCUCAGCCCUCCAGGAGGGAAAAUGUGAAUCCUGACCCAUCAAUCCCUCGCAUGGAUUUUCAACUGCUGCAUCAAAACUUUCCAUACAAUAGUGAUUUGUUGAAAUGCCACACAUCUGGUCAUGUGUCAUGGCACUCUUCUUUACCUAUGAGAGCGGUCCCUUCUCGAUGUAUACUCAGGAUGACAGGAUGGGGUUUAUGUAUUUAUAAUGCCAGUGACCCUCAUCUAUUUUUUUUUUUAUUUUUUUUUGUGAUAAUGCACUGAAUUUCCCAGUAGUUUGUUUUAAUUAUAUUUAAAAUCAGAUUUUAUGAAUGUUCAUGGGCAUAGAACAAUUGAUUAAAUAAAAGACCAAAAUUAAAUAUUAUGAUGGAGUUUUUAGUAGGAAACUGGAUUUUUCAUUUCCAAGUCCUGGGUAGGUAUGGGGGGGGGGGCGCACCGCAUCAUACCCUAGGCAUGUUGGGGUAGGCCCAAGGAGAUCUAACUGAAGUAGCACAGCUUUAGCUUUUGCAUGAUCUUAGAAAUGAGAGAACAGAAAUGUUGGACAGUUGAUGAUGUUGCUGUGGAAGCUACAGUGCCCUCCAGUCCUUAACAUGCAAAUGCCAAAUUGCCACAAUUUAAAAUACAUAAUGCGCAUUUUGUGUUAUGACAUGACCAGUAAAUGUAUUUCCAUAUAUAUUUUGUGACCUUAGAA